CCACAAACUGCAUUUAUAAAACAGCAUCAUAUACAGCCUAUAGAUUAUAUUUUUGUAUUAUUCUUAAACCCACAAGUCAUCGGUUUCUUGGCGUUAACGUCGUUGUGUUCCUGUUCAAAGAUCAAGCAAUUAAUCUGAGGCUUAACUUGAGCUCAAACAAUGAAAUGAUUCUCUCAAAGAUUCAUACAAUAACGGGCUAUUCAAAGAGUUGGAGGUAAUAAAAAGAAAGCAGACUUUGCUCCUGAACGCCUGACAUCAUGUGCAGGGCUUGUGAUGCAGCGGAAGCGUCUCUGGUCGUCGCAGGGAACAGACACGUCUGGAAGUUUUGUCCUGCUGUGAGGUCACCAUGGACUGGGACAGGGACCUGAGGCGCACCCAGUCUCUGAAGAACAUCCCUGGCUGGACCGAUCCUGGACUGCGGGAUAAGACGGCGUCUGUGUCCCAGUUAGUGGCCAGGUAUCAGAAUGCUGUGAAGAAAAACACACUCAGCCAAUCAGGCGCAGCAGAAACAGGUGGAGAAAAGACAAAGCAAGUGCAAAAUGAGAAGACACCCUCUCCUCCACAAACUCCAGAGACUCACUUGGAGUUUCUGAUGAGGAGAAAUGAGGACAGGGGGUGGACCCGGAGCAAAACCAGUUUGUUUCGCAGUAAAUCAAUGGGCAGCCUUCAAACCAACGCAGGCUCCAUAGAGGCCCUCAGGGCCGUGUUCGAGUCCAAGGCACCAGCACAAAAGAACGUCAGGAGGAGCUUUAAAACUGUUAAUGUAGCAACAAGUGCCACCGCAGACGUGCCCCUGAUGAACGGCGAGGAUGAGGGUCUGCAGAGAACACCUGCUGGGAGUAAGACCAGGAAGGAGGCAAAGGAGGAUUAUGAAGCUCAGCGGGUGGUGAAUCAGACCCAACUGGAGAAGAGGAAAACAAUAGCUGGUAUUGAUUUUGAGAAAAUAGCCGCAUCUGAAGCUGAUGAAAGACGGAGGACAAUCUCAGACUUUAGAGACAGCUCUUUCAACCAAACCAAGGAGAUCCUGUCUGUGUCGGUCAAAGCCAUGUCUGCGCUCUAUAUGUCCAAAGUGACAACUCAGGACUCCACAWGGGGCAUUUCAAAGAUGAUUCAGGAGCAAGAACAGCCACGUGAAGUUGAGAAACAAGCUAAACUCACCAAGAUGGAAGAUUCCCAGAAGAAGACGGACGACCCUCCUCCACUUCAACCAGAGAGAUGUGAAAUGGGACUGGAAGAUACUGUUGGAGAACAGUCGCAACAAUCUCAAGUUUCCAAACAAAUGUUGUACCAACAAAGACAGAAAACUGAGCUGAGAAGGCUCCUGAAGCACACUCACCCAGAGCUGAAGACGCUGGAGGAUGUUAUGGAUGAGGAGUUUGCUGAGGUUUUGAACUCGGAAAGGGCGGCAGCUGAUGAUACGACCGGAUACGAGGGAGAGGUUUUUUCAAGACGCUUGAUAUUUGAGAGCCGUGGCUCUAGUAGCAAUAUGUCACCUUACACCUCGAAGAGCCAUAUGGCAGAGGGAGCAGUGGGAAGAUGUGAUUGUAGUAAAACAUUGACUGUUUCUGACCAGUCUAAGGCAGAAGCUCUUGUUCCUGAUAUCAUAGAGGAUGAUGAUUCUCUGGAUUUAAGGACAGAUUUUAACAAACAGCCUGAAGAAGAGAUGAUAAGAGUGGACGUUAAAGCCACUAGAAAUAUAUUUGAGAGUCAGUGCAAGCCAAAUUCAGAUACGAUUCAGGAGACAGUUUCUAAUGAGAGAAAAACAGUCCAACAACACAAAAAUGCAAACCCAGAUUUGAAAGAACAGGAGCCAUGCGGUGAAAGAACUGACGUUUCUGGCAAAGAAGAUUUUCAUGGUGAUGAACCCCCCUUUGAUGAUGACUUCACAAGCUCAGAUUCAGAAAGUCACAGUGAAAUAAUAAAAACAAGUGCGUCUCUUUUCCAAAAUAACCCUUUCAUUUCAACAAACAUCGAGGGAGAGAAUUCCUCUGGGCACACAUCAAAACCUCCAAAUGAAGCAGGUGCAGCAGGGGAGGACUAUCUGCCUGCCAACGUAAAGAACAGAACCCACCUGUUUGAGUCAAUGCCGUUUGACAAAAUCAGGCAUCAGAACAGGGAUGAAGUUGAGACGAUGAUGGAAAGCAUUAAAGAAACGUUGAGUUUCCUCUAUCAAGUGAAAUCCAUUCAGUCAGAUGGGGCCAUUAUUGAAGUGAACGACACAAUGAUUGCUAAAAAGGCUAAAUUCACAAUAUCAGAGAGCGGACCCGAGAUAAAAUAUGACGAAGUGGCUGAAGGUGGCGCACAAAACCUCAUCCUCCAGUUGCUUCCGCGAGUAAACUUAAAACCUCAGAUCACUUACCUAAAGGAGGACAGUAAAGGGUCCAUGGAGGCUACCGUUGUGGACGUUCUGGUUCACCAUCGACAGGUGAAUCCGAUGAAAAACGCUGAAUUAAAAACUGCCAAUGUGGUUCAGCUUGUUGAAGAUAUCCUCAAUCAAGACAACUCUCUGAGGAAAGGAGUGAUCAUUCAACAAAAUGUCAACAACUGUGCCGAAGUCAGUGUUUAUUCCCUCUACAAGUACCUUGACAGUGAAGAAGUGAAGAGUUACAGCCCAGCACAUUUUAAGGAAUCAGAGUUUAUGACUAAUACAGAUGAUGAAACAGGGACGUGUUACACAGCAUCAACUAUAAGGAGCCCUCAAGAAACCACAGAAGACCAAACCUCAGAGUCAAUCAAGCCGAGUGUGAGGGUAAAUGUGAAACUCUUCACAAGCUGUAUUGAAAAGGGUGACUUGGAGUAUUUAAAAACUCUCCAGGACGAUGAACCAGAAGCUCAAAAGAAUGAAGUUUCUCAAAACCAAGCAGUCGUGGGACAGAAUGACGAAGCUCUGACUGAAGAAGAUAACUCUGAGUAUGUUCCAAUGAAUGUAAAGAGACUUAAAAGCCUGUUCUCUGAAGAUAAAAGUCCCAAUUCUACCAGUAUUUCUAAUACAUCAUUCAGAAAAGGCCAGUCCUCUACAGAAUGCAACACUGAGCCAUUCUACCACCAACAACCUAACAAUACCCUCAGGAAGAGUGGAGGUCAAAAGGCCAAAGAAAACGUACCACAUAAUGAUGACAAGGUUCACCAAGCUGAACUGGCAGAAGUAUUACAUGRCACUGAUGACAUUUCUGACCUCCAAACUGCAAUCCAAAACCUCCAAAAAGCCACCAAAGAGGCCAAAAUGUUUUAUCACUCACUGCAAGACACACAAAAAAUUUUUCCCGAAGAAUCAACAGAAAAACUCACUGAUACUAAAGCAGUAAACAGAUUAUCUCAAAAUGUGGACCCRCAAGAAAAAACAUGCAUUGAAAUUAGUUUGACUAAAAAUCCAUUGGUUUCAGAUGUUACCUCAGGACAUGAAUUUGUCUGGAAACACCAAAAUGCAGGAAGGUGUUCUGAAGACAUCACUCCAGAAAAAGAAAAGACCGCUGAGACUCGCAGCGAGAGUCGAGAUCUCGCUGAAAUAGUUCAAAACCAACACAUUCAAACUGAUGUCGSCUGUGGGAACAGUUCUGAAAAGUCACCAGCGCCAGAAGAAGAGGAAGUUGAUUUACAGGGUAAAAUUCAAGCAGCUUUGGAUUCCUUGGAAAAGUCCAACAUAAAUGUGACAAGAGGAGAUUUUAAGGCAGCUAUGAUUUACCGAAACUCCUCCAAAGCUCAUCAAAGAACGUCACAAAGUUAUGAAACUCCAAAUGCUAAAGAGCUUUUCCCAGUGGCAGAACUGGAAUCAACCAAAGUACCACCAAAGCAAGAAGUGACUGGAACAAUGCAGAAACCCACUUCUGGUGUUGUCUCACAGAAAACCAUACGACCCACUGGUCCAAAGCCUCCUCUUCUACCUAAACCUGAACAUUUGAAGGGAAAACAAGGAUGUGAUGGGAYAAAGAAUCCAGAGACAACCCAAAGUGGUACUACAGAUCCACAAGAAUCAUCCACAACUGAAAAGAAGCAACAUCUGUUUACAUCGACCAAUGAGUUAAUCGACCAAAGCAAUGGUAACAAUACACAUGUGUUGCAAAAAAUUGAAGUGAAGGAUCAAUUUCAAGGUUCAGCCAUGGCCAUCGAAAAUUCUGAAACAGAUAAAAACAUUGGGAACAAACAACUCAAAACAAGUGCCACGGGUAAGGAAAACAUCCCACAGAACACCUCAGGAAAAGACGUGRCUGAAACUGAUGAAAACCAUAUAGAUUUUCAGGAAGCAUGUCGAAAAUUUGAAGGUGAAAAACCGGCUUCAGUUAAGACCGCCCCGGUGAAGCCAAAGAGACAAAAAGUUGCCCACUUUGACAACAAAGAGCAACAAAGAGACCUACCAGGAGGRAACUCCGGAGCUCCACCCGUUCUGUCACAAAUGGAUCCAAAACCAGUMCAAAUGAUGACUAAUCUGUCAUGUAACACCUGUGGAGUAGGUGCUGAGAUGCCCAACAGCAGAGUGGAGAUGAGGGAAAAGAAAGGGCGAGCCGAAACGGAGGAUGAACGCCAACAGCGGCUGUCUGUGCACAUGGAUGGAAUCGUGAGAGGGAACGAAACGGCAGCCAUGGAAAUUUUCGACAAUCUGCGAAAGCAAGAGGAACUGCAGAAGAUUCUCAGUCGAGUUGAGGAAAUUGAACAGGAUACAAGCAAUGUUGAUGUAAAGUCUCUAAGGAGAGUGUUUGAGAGUGUCCCUGACUGGGUUGUGAGCUCUGACAGAAARAAACCAAGAAGGGCCAGAUCAGAAAAUAAUGAAAGGCCAGUGCAAUCACCAGUGGAUAGAACAGAAAGCAAGCCCUCGAUGGAACACGUUUAUGGAGAUCUUGCACGAGCUAGUGAGGAAAUAGUGAAUCUAAAAGAGCAAACUUUAGCCAGACUUAAGGAUAUAGAGGAUGCCAUUAUGAAGGCACUUUGUUCUGUGUCYACGCUGAAAUCAGACUCAGACAUCGCAGGUUUGUCGCAUCUUUUCAAAGAGUCUUUAGGGAAUGUGCAAGGACCUUGGUCUUCUGGCAACGCUGACAAAAUUAGCACAAGCUCGAGCAAAAUGAAAUUACAGCAAAGCUUCACCCAAGGAAACACAAAUAUGCAAACGAGUCAACGUGCAAACACUGAAACAUCCUCUGCGAAACAGAGUCCUGCACUCGUCUCUGUUCAGUCAGCAGCUAGCAAAACAGAGCUGCCUCUGGACGCUUCAGCCUGCCUGAGCUAUGAGCCCAGUCCAAAGCUGGAGGAAAGAUUUCGAACAACAAAGACCCUGACGUGCAACAGCCACGCUCAGAGUGAAAAAACAGAGCCCGGGAACUACGACGGGCAAUCACACAGCCCGCAAAGUCGAGAGCUCAGUGUGCUGAUGUUGCAAACUGAUAGUGAAGCCAUCAUGGGAUCAGAAACUGUCCCAGAUAACGACGAGAGGACUGAUGAGUUUGGUAACAAKGUUUACACAUCCAGAACCUCCACAGUCCUUAAUACUCAACCAGAAACUGCAACAAGUCCGACAACUACCAGUCCACCCACGUGUCGAGUCUCCACACAUCCUUAGGUUCAUAAAGAGACAAGGGUUUGAUGUUUGUUUACAUUAUGAAGGUUUUUAUGACAUUGAGUUAGCUGGUUGUCCUUUCUCUCAUAGACUUCUCUAAAGUUGUGCUUGAUUUGCUUUUAAAAGUUUGUUACACUAUUUCCAUCCCCACAAAAUGUAUUUGUAAUGAAUUAUUUUCCCAGAAAAUACUUUUUUGUUUGUUUGUUUUUUUGUUUGAGCUGAGCUCAGUCUUGUUUUCCUCAGUUUCAACCAGCCAGUCGAGAGACGUGCUCAGCCUGUCAGAAGCCAGUUUAUCAGAUGGAGAAAAUUGCAGCAGACAAAUACAUUUUCCACAA